AUCGCGUUCAACACCCCGCUUACCUUGAUCGUCGGUUAUAACGGGUCGGGAAAGACGGUGGGGGUUGCUAGGCUAGCUCUUUUGGAUUAUGGUUACUGACUCUGCGACAGACUAUCAUCGAGUGCCUCAAGUAUGCCACCACUGGUGAGCUUCCGCCUAACAGCAAGGGUGGCGCCUUCAUUCACGAUCCCAACUUGGCCGGCGAGAAGGACGUACGCGCCCAGGUCAAGGUCUCCUUCCGGUCGACCGUCGGCGAGUCGUACGUCGUUACCAGGAACGUGCAGCUCCUGGUUAAGAAGAACACACGGUCACAGAAGACACUGGAAGGGAGCCUGCUCCUGCGAAAUAAUGGGGAACGACAUGUCAUCUCUACCCGGGUUAUGGAACUCGACAAGCUUGUUCCAGAGAAACUGGGUGUUUCCCCCGCCGUCUUGGACGCUGUGAUCUUCUGCCACCAAGAUGAAUCGCUGUGGCCCAUGAGCGAGCCGGCCGCUCUCAAGAAGCGGUUCGACGAGAUCUUUGAGGCCAUGAAGUACACCAAGGUCAUCGAGAACCUUAAGGUGCUUCGCAAGAGGAAAGGAGAGGAACUUCGGGAGCUGAAGCUACAGGAGGCGCAGGACAAGGCGAACAAAGAAAGAGCGGACAAGGUUGAUAAGAUCAUGAGCCAACUCUCCAGGGAGAUAGAAGAGGGGAAACAGAAAGUCGCGGAGAUAUCAGAGCAGAUGAAGGAGGAAGACACCAGGAUCACAGACAAGCGCGAGCAAGCUAACAGCUUCCUCAGCAUCAUGAACAAUCUCCAGACUAAAACCGAAAAGCUUGAGUAUAAAAAGGAGGCCAUCGCGGAGCUGUGGAGCCGCAUCGAAGAACUGCCCGAGACGGAUCAGGUGCUCAGAAGCACAUUGGAUGAGUACGAGCAGACGAUUGAGAGGACGGUUGCCGACAGAGAACGAAAAGCCGCAGAAUUUCAUGAGCUUCAGGCGAAACUCAAGAAAUCACGGGAGAUGCAUACGGCCAAGGCUGCCGAGCAGGGGAAACACCAAUCUGACAAGGACAAGUACGAGCGGCAGCUUGAUACGCGGGACCGCAUGAUCCAUGAUGCUGCCACCCGUCACGAGAUCCGGGGCUACGACGGGGAUUUGGAUGAUCGGAGGAUUGCCGCCUUCAACGAACGUAUCCAGAAGAUCCUAAACGACAAGAAACGCGAACUGGAUCACCUCCAGCGCGACAAUGCUGAAGAGCUCGAUAAGAAGACUGCCGUCAUUACGGACCGGGAGAGCCGGAAGGCAUCGCUCGUCCGGGACCGUGCAUCGGCGAAGCAGCGUAUCAUCAAUGUUGGAAAGGAGUCGGCCACUAUCCAAGGUGAACUGGGCAGGCUUGAUAUUGACGAGGGUGCGGAGGCAGUGCUUCGUACCGAGAUGAAAGAGCUUGAGGCCAGAAUCGAGACAGCAAAGGCUGAGGAGCAAGCGGCGGACUUGGAUUCCCAGAUCAAGAAGGUGAACGAUGACAUCUGGAACCUCGAAGCGCAGUCUGCGAAGCUUGCCAGAGAACUUGUCGAGUGCACGAGAUUGGCAUCCGAACGGGCCCAGCUCGAGUUACGGCAAAAGCAAUUGAAAGAACGGCGACGAGAGCUGGAGAUCCUCAGGAAUACGUGGAGCGAACAGCUCGCCACGCUACUUGGCAAUGAGUGGCAACCGGACACAAUCGAGAUCGAGUUUCAGAACGCUCUUAAACGCCAAAACGACGUUGUUGCUGAGUGCAGGAAACAAAAGGACGCGAGGCAGCAGGAGCUAAAGCAGGUGGAGUAUAAGCUCUCCAAUUCCCGCGAGCGACAUAACAGAUUGUCUACGGAGAAGGAGAGCUGCAAACGUGCUGUUACAAAAGCUCUCAAGGACGUGAGAGAUCCCGAGUCGCCGCCUAUUGAGGACUACACCAAGGAGUUGGAGAGCGUCGAGGCCGCACUGAGUCAAACAGAGACGGACUUGAAGCUCUAUGACGAAAUGAAGAAGCACUAUAUGACCAUUAAAGACAAGGCUGUGCGGUUCAAUAAGUGCUACUUCUGCGAACGCGACUUCAAGGACCAGGCAUCUGCGAAAUCGAAGCUGCUUGACAAGAUUGCAAAGAGGCUCACAGAUGAGGAUAAGCAGGAGCUAAUGCACGACCAAGUCGACCUCACCGAGCAGCUCAGGAUCCUCAACGCCGUGCGCUCCCAAUACGACAAUUACCAACGGUUGGGGGGUGAGUUGCCAUCCCUGAACAAGGAUAUCGACGCAUAUUCGUCGCAAAAGGAAGAGUUGGUUCGCCGCCUCGAAGAUGAGGAUCUAGCUUUCAGAGAGGCAGAGGAUAAACGGCAGGAAAUCGACGCACUCAGCAAAAACGUCCUGAAGAUUUCGCAAACUCAUAAAGACAUUUUGGACGCCGAAAGGCAGGUGGAGAGGUCACAGCAGUCAUCGAGCAUCACAAUGCGGAGCCCGGAUGACAUUAACGAGGAACAAACCACUUGUGCAGAGCAGACCAGGGUUGCCCAGGCGAAGCUCAGCAAGCUAAUUGCCGAAAGGCAGCGUCUCAAGGAUCUGGCUGGUCAACUUGACGUUGAGAAGCUCGAGUUGAGGCACAAGAUCAGCAAUGCUGUCCAGCAACUCGAGCGGAAGAGAAGCCUCCAGGAGUCGAUCCGUCGGUGCAAGGAGGAGCAGAGCCAGCUGCGGGACACUAUUCAGGAGGCAGAUAAAGAGGUAGAGCGCCUCGAGCCGGAGAUCGCCAGCGCUCGUGCCGCGCUCGAGGAGGUCCGUCGACAAGGUCGCGCGAAGGAGCAGAAGGUAGCGGAAGAGAGGGACGCGAUUGCAACCACGGUCAGUGAGCUCAAGAUGAUCAAUAGCGAGAUUCAGGAGUACCUUGACCGGGGUGGCCCCUCGAACUUGGCCUCGAACCAGCGUGCCAUUGCUGGUCUCGAGGCGACCAUCGCAAGCCUCGAGAGCGAGAUGCGCGACCUGACUGUCCAGAUAAACAAGCUCAACAAGGAAAUCGACAACAGCGACGCCAAGAAACGGAACAUCAUGGACAAUCUCACCUACCGCAAAAAUCUCCGUGAGCGUGAAGUCCUCGAACAGGAAAUCGAAGAACUCGAGUCCCGAAAUGCCUCAGAAGACUACGAGCGGCUCCUCCAGGAACAGCGCUACCUCGAGUCACGCCGUGCCAAACUAGCCGCCGACCAGCAGCGGCUAGCGGGCUCUCUGGGCACGAAGGACGAAGAAUUCGGCCGUCUCUACGAAGAAUACCAGAUCGACCUCAAGAACGCUAAGGCCAAGUACAAAGAAUCGCACAUCAAAGUGGAAACCACCAAAGCCGCGAUCGACGACCUGGGCCGCGGCACCGCCGCCCUCGACCACGCCAUCAUGCGGUACCACUCGCUCAAGAUGGAGGAAAUCAACCGCACCAUUGGCGAGUUGUGGCAGAGCACAUACCAGGGCACAGAUAUCGACACGAUCCAGAUCCGCUCCGAUGUGGAAGCAGGUGCCGGGUCGGGUACCGGCAAACGCAACUACAACUACCGCGUGUCCAUGGUCAAGGGCGAUACCGAGAUGGACAUGCGCGGGCGGUGCAGCGCCGGCCAGAAGGUUCUUGCGAGUAUUAUCAUCCGUCUGGCGCUGGCGGAGUCGUUCGGCAUCAACUGCGGCCUGAUCGCCCUCGACGAGCCGACGACCAACCUGGAUAGCGAUAACAUCCGGAGCUUGGCCGAGAGUCUGCACGGGAUCAUCAAGGCCCGGCGCUCACAGAGCAAUCUGCAGCUCAUUGUGAUUACGCACGACGAGGAGUUCUUGAAACACAUGCAGUGCAGCGAUUUCUGCGACGAUUUCUACAGGGUGAAGAGGGAUGAAAAGCAGAAUAGCGUCAUUGUGAGGGAGAGUAUCACGCGGAUCAUGGAGUAAGGGGGCGCGGGGGCUUGUUGUUUUGUGUGUAAUGUAUGCGCGCAUGAAGUCAUCACUAGUAGUAUUUAUGAUAUGGUAAUGGGAGAGUCACCGGGAUA